GAAGUGUGGGAAGUGAUGCACUCGCCCGGCUUCCGCGGGCGGUACUAGCCGAUGUUAUGGCGGUUUAUUUGACUCCGCGGUUCAGGAGGCUCCGCAGUCAGAGCGAGUUGGAGGCGCGGCGGGGGAGCGGCCGGCGGCGAGAUCGUGAUGGUCCUUUUCAAGCAACUCAGCUGUGGAAUAGUAUUAUUCAUGCUCUUCAUAGUCAGGUAGAAAUCAAAAGACGUAGGCAACAUCUGAGAACAUACAAAAACUGUUUCACUGGCUCCAAUGCCGUUGAUGUGGUACUGAGUCAUCUUAUGCAAAGCAUGUACCUAAGCUGCAAUGAUAUUUCUCGGUUGAAGGGAGUCCGUGUAUGCCAAGCGUUGAUGGAUCACAAGGUGUUUGAGCCGGUUGGAGCAAAGCUUUACUUAUUCAAGAAUGAGAAAGAAACAGAGUUUGAAGACACAAACACUAGUCUCUAUAAAUUUGUAAAUAGUAGUCUUACUCCUCUUCUUCCGAGAAAGAAUAAAGACAAUGAGAGCUUGUCUCCUGAGCAAAUCUGUAAACAGAAGAUGAAAAGAUGUUCCAACAGAAGGAAGAGUGAAACAACAGUUUCAAGCCCCUUAGCAUUAGAAGUGGCUGAUAAAAAGAGGGUAGAGGAGCUUCUUAAAUCAAUAAAUGUUCAUACAUCUUUACCUCCAAAGAUCAUGGUUAGUGAAGCAACUCAUCUGCUUUCAAAAAGAGUAAUAGAAGAUGUCUGGAAACAGCAAACCCUGCUACGACUGCUGCAGUUAAUUGACAUUCCAUUCCUAGAAGAUAUCUUGGUGUCUUCAGUGAAGACAAAACCAGACUGUUUUGGCAAAGAAGAAGAUCUGAUUAUCUCAAAUACUUUCCUGGACAGAGAGAUUGCAAGUAGCUUAAGGUUGCCUGAGCUUGACAAAUGGCUCUAUGCUGCAAUUGAAUGCUUGGAGUAUUUCCCAGACCAAUUUAUAGUGAUGGUUAGUCAGCAGUUACCUCAAAGCACUAACAAGCCCUGCAGUCUGAAUACAUACAAGAAGAUUCUUUUUGACACUAUAAUAAAGUACUAUAGUCAAAAGAAAGACUCCCUUCUUGACACUCAGGAUCUCAAUAUUCAUUCAGGAAUUAUAGAACUUAUAGAAAAAGGAAAAACAGAUCAAGCUCUAGAGGCAUCACAACUUUAUUUAAAAUUAUUAGCACCAAAUAUCCGAGAAGAGCUACAUAGACUCCUGACUUUCAUAGCCAUUGCGUCAGAAUCUGAUGGCUACAAAUUACAGAAACAAUUUGAGAACAGAUUGGUUAUCAUCAAGACUUUCACAAAGUUCAUCUUACAAAGUAAGACAUUGUCAAAACCACAGGCAGAACUGCUGACUGAGUUUCUGAUGGACAGCCACACUGACCUCUUGAAGACUCCUUUAACUCUUCUGGAGCUAACCAGUAGGAGACUUGAGAGUUUGCUAGAAGGACAAGAUCCAGAUACCAAUUCAGGCUUCACCUUCUGUCAGCGUGUGACAACUAAAGAAUACGAAGAUCAAAACCAACAAACAAAUCAGUAUCUUCUUGCAUUGGUUCAAGAGAUGGACAGUGACCCUACUAUUCCUUUGAAGCAGAAGAAGAAAUUAGUUAAAGAAUUCAAGAAAUACCAUUCUCUUGCCUAUUGUGGUUGUAAAACUAAAUGUGAAUUUUGUGCUCCAAAUGGCUAGAUAUCAACACAGCCUUUUGGGGUUUGUUUGUUUGGUUUUUUUUCAUUUUAAAGGGGAGGAUGCAUAUGAAAAUGGUACAAACUGUUGUCUUACUUCAUUGUGUCUUAAGUUACAGAAAACUACAACUAUUGAAAUCACUGUGCUGCUAAAAAGCAUUAAUUCUAAGGAUCCUUUUUAAGCAAAAUGUUCUUAAUUAUUUUAAAGUUAGUAAUAAUGGCACACUGCUUGUGCUGCUAUGAGUUCAGACUUUGGUGCUUUUUUCCACGUGUCCUUAAGCCUAUAGCUUUCUAGCUGAGCCACGUCUGCAUUCUGAGUCAUGCUUGGGUUGAUAAUCAAACUUUUUAUUCUUUUCAAUCUGCAGUUCAUAAUCUAUUUUAAUCUAAUAAUAAACUGUAGAUUAUGACUCUUA